CUUCGCCUUUCAAGCAGAACCUUAAAAUGGAUGGGGAGCCCAACAUCUUUCAAGAUUUAACUGAAGGCGAGCUAACAGCAGUCCACAAAUACCUUCAAGAACAAGCAUCUCUCAACCUUACAAUAUUUGAAAAGGCAACAUUAAACGACAACUUUGUUUAUGGUGUUGAGCUGUUCCUCCCAAACAAGGACGAUGUCUUGAAGUACCUUGACAGUGAGGCAUAUUAUCAGGUCGUUUAUUACAAUCAAAGAUUUGAAAGUACAAAGCAACUGAUGGCAAAGUAUAAAGCUGGGACAUUGAAAGUUGUUCACGUUCCCCAGCCAAAUAAAACUGAGCUUCUAAGAGCAUCAAUCAAAAGAAGAGGCCCGAAACAACCAUCGGUUCCAUUGCGUGGGCCAACAUUGGUUGAACCUAAUGGGAAAAGAUUCUCUGUACAAGGAAACAAAGUUUCUUAUAUGAACUGGCAACUGGAAUAUGGGAUACGUGCAACUGGAGGCCUGGGCCUCUUUGAUGUCAGAUUUCAAGGCAAAAGGAUAGCAUACGAGAUAAGCUUUCAAGGAGGAAUGGCGGGCCAUGCUCUUGUUAUAAGAGUCAUAUCAACUCCGUUUAACUAUGAUUACAUAUUCGACUAUAUAUUACAUCAGUCAGGAGUCAUUGAGGUACGAACAACUGCCUCUGGAUACAUCCAGCCGGAUUUUGCAACCGAACAAGAGAAGCAGUAUGGCUUUGUAAACUUCUUCAAUACUGUUGGGACAAUACACGACCAUCACAUGCUCUAUAAAGUCGACCUCGAUGUCGCUGGUGUGAAAAAUAGUUAUCAAACUGUCGAUGUCAUUGCUCGCAAUGUUAGCUAUGAAUGGGAAGACAAUACAUACCGAAUAAAGAAGCAAAUAGUCAAGGAGAAGAAAGCCCGAGAGAAAGAUGCAGUUUUGAGAUACGAUUUUCAAAAACCAAAGUACUAUGUUUUUAUGAAUGAAAAUGAAAAAAAUGCAUAUGGAAACUCAAAAGGAUACAGGAUUGACAUUCAAAACAAAGUCAAACAGUUAUACACUGAUGAUUACUAUAUUACCAAAAGCUGUGCUUGGACCAAGUACCAAAUGUCUGUUACGAAGCGUAAAGAUCUGGAGCCGUUUGGAUCCUCAAUAUACAACCAGUUCACGUUCUCAGACCCUGCUGUCAAUUUUGAUACCAUGCUGAAUGACAACGAGGCGAUCGAGAAUGAGGAUCUGGUUGCAUGGGUCAACAUUGGCGGAUUGCACAUUCCAAAUACAGAGGACAUUCCCCUGACUACUACAGUUGGCAGCUCUUAUGGCUUUCUGAUCAAACCAUUUGGAUAUUUUGACGAAGACCCAAGCCACGGCUCCACAACCUCUGUUUUAGUUGAUAAAGCGGCAGAUGGCAAGUACGAUAUAAAAACUUACGGUACGCCUGAAACGUCGUCUUGCCCUGUUCCAAAGCGAAAAACUUGGAUGUAAAUUAUAGGCAUGAACUAUGAUCAUCAGAUUUUCUUAAGAAAGUAACUUUAUCUUAGUUUAAGGCCUCUAUUGCUCAAGUCUUUCUUGUUACCAUAUUUAACAUUAAGGGGAUUUUUCAUUGAAUUUUGACGUUCUGUAGUAACAAGAUUUGUUUAUUUAUUUGUACACCUUUUAACCUCUCUGAGAAUUAGAUGUUUUGGCGUGGAUCUGUCUUGCUCGGUGGUUGACUUAUAGCUUUUCUUGGAAUAACAUUCUCUGGUUAUAUUUCGUGAAAAGAGCUGUUGUAGGGAGACAAUGUAUGGGCUUAAAAGGCCCUCAUCAAAUACUUUGACACAUUUGAUUUGUUGUUAAAGAAAUGCAGAUUUAGCUAGGAAAAAACUGCUGUAGUUGCCAGAACAGUAAAUUUUACUUAACUUGAGGUUCGUAUCAGCAAGCACGUUUUCUUAACGACACUCUUAUGAAAAGAAACCUAUUUCUGGCACACAGUUCCUUGGUUGACUUUCUACUUUGUAUUUAGAUACUCUUUGUUAUAUGAUUCCAAAGGAGCC